AUGACGAUAAAUUCUGAAGAGCGUGUUGAUACAGCUGAUCAGGAGACGGUCUCUUGGGAUCGCAGUAUUCCUGAAGACAUAAAACAAAAAAUCCAGCCUAAAGAGGUUCCAGCAGAAAGCGUUACUGUUUGGAUCGACCCGCUAGAUGCUACGCAAGAAUACACAGAGGAUCUUCGACAGUAUGUCACGACAAUGGUUUGUGUUGCUGUAAAUGGUAAACCAGUAAUAGGAGUGAUACACAAGCCGUUCUCAGCAUAUACAGCCUGGGCAAUGGUGGAUGGCGGAUCAAAUGUAAAAGCUCGUUCCUCCUACAAUGAGAAAACGCCAAGGAUUAUUGUAUCCCGCUCCCAUGCAGGAAAAGUUGAGCAGGUGGCACGGCAGACGUUUGGCAAUAAGACUGUGAUAAUCCCCGCUGGUGGAGCAGGGUAUAAAGUGCUGGCCCUCCUUGACGUGGCUGAAAAGAAUCAAGAAGAAGCAGAUGUGUAUAUCCAUGUCACUUACAUUAAGAAGUGGGACAUAUGUGCUGGAAACGCAGUGUUGAGAGCAUUAGGUGGCCAUAUGACUACACUGACUGGUGAAGAAAUUAGUUACACUGGCUCGGACGGCAAUGAGGGAGGACUUAUAGCCAGUAUCAACAUAAACCAUAAAGCACUAAUUGAAAAACUUCCAGAUCUGGAAAAAACAUCACACAAAUAAACUUGACUGAUGGAGAAGUACAAGUCAUGCUUUUGUAGCCUCCAAAUGCUCUGUCUGAAGAAGCAGGUGUGAAAACCUGCUGGGAAAGAUGCACAGCAAAGCAGAGCAGUUUGGUGUGGGUUUGGGGACUGGAUCAUGCGUUGGGUUUCCUGCGUGGUGGUAUUUAAAAAAAAGAAUAAAAUAAUAAUAAGCAUAAGUAGGAAGGGGACUGACUGCCUCACACCUCAGUUUCCAUGGGGUUUUUUUUUCAGACUGUUUUCAUGCAGUUCUUGUACUCAAGGUGCAUAUACAGUAUGUAUUUGUGAACAUAGGUGAACUGAAGAAAAAUACACAUUGAUUCAUAAAAUAACCUAAGUAGUUCUCACAGGAACUUCUUGGAACCUUUUACAUCUUGUUACUGUAGUUGUAGCAACUCCAUAAUGAAAUUAGAUAGGAAAAAAAAGUUGAUUUGUAUAGGCAUCUGAUAACUCUGUAAACAAU